UUCAUUGCAGAGCAGAGAGGAAGCCGGAGAGGAAGAGCAGAGGGAGCACAGUGGAGAGAAUCUGGAAGAUCGGUGGACAAUCAGAGUGAAGAAAACCAGAAGAGGAGGAGAAGCACUUGGAAAAGCUCAAAACACAGCCGGAGUCCUCUGCACCGCGGGCUGAAGAUGGUGUGUCUCUGUUGGCUGCUGGUGGUGAUGAUGGCGUACGUGUGUGUCCCGGGGUUCGGGUCGGCGUGCUGGGACAGCUCCAUCUGCAAGAACCUGAGCAACAGGGGGAGGAUACUGGACUGCGUUCAGUUCUGCAUGUCUGUGAUCCAGACUGAAAUCCCAGAGCUCAGCGCCUUCACCCUGAAGGUCAGUGACGACGAUGAUCUCUUACUCACCAUCAUUCUGGCCACACUGGCCUCUGAAAACAAAAUACCAGAGUCAGAUCUGAAAGCCCACGGCGACGAGAGACGCUCCUACUCCAUGGAGCAUUUCCGCUGGGGGAAACCCGCCGGAGACAAAUUAAGAGCGGGAAAGCUGAGGGGCCACAGCAACGAGAGACGCUCCUACUCCAUGGAGCAUUUCCGCUGGGGGAAACCCUCCGGUCGUAAGCGCAGACCUGUUAAAGUCUUUGCCUCGUCGCUGGAGGGAGGGGGCUCCUUCGAGGGCAGCUUCCCCCGUCAGGUUCGCAGGCAGCUGAGCGGCAACGAGGACGAAACAAUGGGAGAUUUUAACGGAGGAAGUCAACAAAGUCAGGGAUUGCUGAGGGCCAAGGCUAGCUCCAAGUCACACGGCCCGUUGAGCCUGCAGGAGAGAAAAGAUGGAACCUAUCGGAUGAGUCACUUCAGAUGGGGCAGCCCACCUGCAUCUAAACGUAACGGCAGCUUUAUGAAGCCGUGGGAGGCGAAACCCCAGGGGCAGCUGGCCAAGUUGUUCAGGAACAUUAUAGUCAAGGAUGCGCAGAGGAUAAUAUAAUAAAUGGAAGAUGGAGCAGAGGAGGAGAAUAACAGAGUCUAAUAGCCAUUGCAUGUUAGUACCCACAUGUCUUAAUUUUAAAUUACAGAUAUAUAUUGCUAUCUUUAGCAUGUUGUUGAAUGUCUUUUCUUAAAGAUUAAAAAAAUAACAAUAACCAAGGCAGUGUUAUGUUGAAUAAAAACACUGAUGCACCCAC